CUUGAACAACAUUCUGUUUGAAGAUUUACCUACAACAAUCAUGUUAAACUGCAGCAACAAUUUGCCAAGUUCUGAAGAUCAAAUGAAAGGUCUCAAUAAUGGUGAAGUUGCACUUAUGGUGAUCCUCAAUAUUGUAGCAAUUGCCACAUAUGCUACCUUCUUUGAGCUUUGGAACUAUUUACACAAUAAUAUUAUAAAUGACUCAAUCAGGGAGAAGACUCUGUUGGUCCUUGGUAUAUUCCCUGUAACUACUAUUGCCUACGAACUGGGGAUGUUUGUUCCCCGAGCUGGAACUUUCGUUGACUUUGUGGCAGCAGUUUAUUCGUGCAUAGCUUUGUUUGGUUUCUUCCAUCUUGCAAUAAAUUAUCUUGGUGGAGUAACUGAAGCCAUUGAUAAGCUACAGUAUGUGGACGCUGCUCUGAAUGUUGGACCUUGUUGCUGUUGCUGCGUGUGUCUUCCAAAAGUCCGAAUGAACAGGAAAGCUUAUAGAAUCCUUCGAAUUGGCAUCUUGCAGACUUUGAUUCUACAACCUUUGCUUCAGUUCAUUUCAACAGUCUUGUGGGCAGAUGGAAAGUUUGAUAGCAGAGAGGUAAAUUCAAGCAAUCCCUUAUUUUACAUCAAGAUCAUGCUGAACAUAUCUGUUCUAUUGUCUUUAUACGUACUUAACUUGUCACUGAAGGCUGCGUUUGGAAUUUCAGAAGCAGGCUAUCAUCUCAAAGCCAAAUAUGCAAUUAUAAUUAUCUAUAUCAUCCUCAGCAAUCUGCAGCCAUUGAUUCUAGAAUGCCUUGCAACGUAUAAUGUCAUUCCCUGUGUGGCUCUAUAUCCCUCAAAAGACAGAGCAUCGAAAAUAGACCACCAUGUAAAGAUCGUGGAAAUGUUUAUCUUGCUUCUUGUCUCCAGAAAGUAUUAUCGCAAACAAAUGCCAGACUCAACUCCGCUUUAUUUUGAAAAUCCACUUCAUAACAUGCCUUGAUUUGAUGUUUUUAAUAAUAGGUCAAAUUAUGUUUCCUCUAUAAAUUAGUUAUUUGUUCAAAAAAGGAAACUUA